AUUAAUUGAUGUAUUUACUGCUUGUAGAAUGCUUUUAUUUUUUUACGCAACUUUAGCUCUUCUUUGGGUGCUGUUAUGACAGGUAGUGGAGCCGCCGCUGCUGCUGCGGCAGCAGCAACAGCAACACGUUGUCCAUCACCGUUUGUGUUUCCAUUUAAUCCACUCGGUUUAGGUCUAUUCGAUAUUGAUCCGUCCAGAAUAUUAAGUAUGCUGCAUCAUCAGACAUGGUUGGCUGAAGAGGCUUUAAGAAAUCGUGGUUUUCUUACACCACCGAAAGAUAUAACCCACCGUUUUAAUCCAUUGAAUGAUUUACUUUCCAAAGAAUAUCAACAAAAUCAUUUGAACUUACCAACUACAAAUGAUCUACUUGGAGGUGCUUCGACCUCAGCAUUAGCUAAGCAUCAUCAACAACAACAGCAACAACAUCGCUCUAAUGUGCAACAACAGCAACAGUACAAACAGCAGCAGCAACAACAGCAUGGCACACACUUUAAUAUGCGCUAUCCAUCGCCAGCUUUGUUCUUUCAUCACCAACAUCACCAACAACAGCAACAAUCGCAACAGCAUCACCUACAAAAACAUAAUAAAGCACGUCAGAGCACACCAUCACCACACCAAACUGCCACAAACUCAACUCAAUCGAGUCGAGAUUCUUUACUUGAAGAACUCAAACGAAAAUCUGAGGCAUCCCUACAACGUGACGAAGAUGAUGUUGCAUUAUGUGAUUUGUCUUCACAUAACGAGACCGAUUCCGGUCGUGAAAGUGGCAGCAAUAUAACAAAUACUACCUCUACAUCGAGCGCUACAGCUGCAACAGCAAUGCUCUACAAAGAUUCAUUAGAACAGCUGUUACAACGUCGACGCUCUAGCUCAUCAUUAGGUGAUAUGGCUACACCCAGCACAGUAGUUUCGCGAGCCACUUCUACUCCAUACACACAGCAAUUACCGCUCUCCAACACACCAGGCUGUGCAGAUAAUAUCAGCUGCAAAGAGAAAAGCUCCUCAUCGUCUACCUCAUCGACACCACCACCAACUUCGACACUACUAGCACAGCAUCAACAACUUAGUCAAAUGUUGAAAAGUCCUUCGGAAUCUUCGCUUUUUAGUGAACCCAUCGAAGAAGAAACACGCUGCGUAGUGUGCAAUGCACAUUUUCCGAAUGUAUGGCUUUUGGAACAGCAUGCGGCACUACAACAUCCACAUAUUGGUCCUGGUGAAGAGAAACCAUUUAUUUGUGAGCAAUGCGGGCAAUCGUACCGUUAUCGCUCGGCUUAUGCCAAGCAUAAAGAACAAAAUCAUCGUGCGCGUUUACCGGCGGAUAAGCUUUUUACCUGCGACGUGUGCGGCAUGCAAUUUCGUUAUUUGAAAUCUUUCAAGAAGCAUCGUCUGAACCACGCACUCGAACGUUUACACGGCAAGAAGGGAAAGCAUAUUGGCUUACAUAACGUACAACUCGAACAAGAUAUAGUAAAUAAUUCUCAAGAAUUGGCAGCCGAUGAGGGUGGCGAAGAUUUGCGUAUAAAUAUCAAACGUGAACCGGAAGAAGACGAACGCGAAACAGAGCAAGAACAUAUUGUGGAUGCAACUGGUGCUGUACACUUUAAUGAAAAUAAUGUGGCAGCAACUAGUUUAGCUAAUUCAGCGGAACGUGACAUGGAUGCAACUCAUAGUACAAAUAAGAGGCCUCGCCUACUUACAACCACACACUUGGAUACCGAACCUCCCCAUUAUACUUAUUUACAACAACAACAAUUGCCACCACAUCUACAUGCAGUAGCAGCUGCAGCCGCUGCACAAUCAGUUGCAUCACCAGCAACUCAUACGCAUCCAAUACCUGUUGCAGCGACCGCAAUGAACUCUUUAAGUUCACUGAAUUCCAUUACAUCGCUCAUCAAUGCCGAACGCAUACCAAGCGAACAAUUCUUAGGCCUUAAUCCACAAGAAGCGUCAAUUCUUAAUUUCUUACGAGUUGAUGCAGCUGAACGGCAACGUGAUAAGCGACCACAAACCUCACGUUUCGCUUGUCCCUUCUGUGGAAAAUGCGUGCGCUCUAAAGAGAAUCUAAAACUGCAUGUACGCAAGCACACCGGUGAACGUCCAUUCGUAUGUCUUUUCUGUGGACGUGCUUUCGGUGGUAAAUCUGAUCUUACACGUCAUUUACGCAUACAUACCGGUGAACGUCCCUACCACUGCGAAUCCUGUGGUAAAUGUUUUGCGCGAGCCGAUUAUCUCUCAAAACAUUUAACCACUCACAUACACAACGCACCACGCUGAGAUGAGGCGCGAAGGAGAAGACUCCUUCGCAGAUAAUUUAAUUAAACUCAAUUUUAAUUAAUAAAAAAACUGAAAAAUGUAUAUAUAUAUACAAUAUAUAACGUGAGUCAGAAUGUAGUUAAAAAUAUAUAUGCGAAUAUACGAAAUGAUAAAAGUAACAUUAUUAUAUACUCACACGUACACAUUUAUAACACACAUACAAGUAACAAAUACGUACACACACUAAACACCUACUUAAGAGGCAUAAAAUACAGGAAUCUUAAAAAGCUAUUUUAAUUACAAACAAAUUUUAAUUAUUAAUUAAUAAUUAAUUUUAGUUUAGUCAAGGAAUGAGGAAAUGAAAACGAAAGAGAGGGAGAUAUAAUUUGUAUGGUAGUUCUAUUAGUUACAUUAUUGGAAUGGAGGGUAUAGGAACAGAUUUUUAAAAUUUAGAUUUAAUAAGAAUUAUUUU